AUGGCCGACUUUUGGAAAUCGACGCCGAAAUAUUACUGCAAGUUCUGCGAGGCAUAUGUCACAGAUACGAAGCUCGGGCGACAACAGCAUGAGGCAACCGGGAAACAUCAAGGGAAUUUGAAGAGGAACUUGAGGGAACUGCAUAAGAAGGCGGAGGAGAAGAAGCGGGAGGAUAAGAUCGUCCAGCAAGAGUUGAAGCGAAUCGAGAAGAUCACUGGUGCACCGCAGAAGAAGGAGGACGAGGAGGACGAUGCGAAGGGAGAGAAGGUUGGGUUUUAUGAGAGUUCGGCGACGACGAGCAAAGGCGCACAACCAAUAUCGACAGUCAAAAAGAUCAAGGACGACACGCCAAAAACCCUCGACUCAGAAAUUUUUAAGGCAACGACCGCCGUUGUAAAUCCCAGCGCACCACCACCCUCAUCGUACGUACCGGAGCGUCUACCACCAAAACCAGAAUCGACAGAUGUCAAGCCGGACUUGACUGACGAGUAUGUCAAGGCUGAACUGGCAUACGCACGGAAACGAGAAAUCGAUGAGGAAGAAGCAACAGGACAGAGCAAGGACCCAGAAGAUCUACGAAAGUUCAAGGUGGAGGAGAAGACCUAUCCGAUCGAAGAUCUACCAGGCGACGAAGGAAACGUCCCAGCACCAACAUUCAAGAAGCGGAAAACAGGGGGCGCAGGACGCAACGUACGAAAAAAGGAAUAG